AAAGAGGUCAUUUUUGUGAAUUGCGCCGAAUUUUUCUCUACAUCCUACUUCGCAAAACCCCCAUUCCCAACUCCUUCCACCCUCUUCAGCACCGUCGUGACUCCCCUGCCUUGAGCUCAGUGCCGCACCGCCGCCGCUAUCUCCGCUUAUUUCUUCGCCCUAUAGCUUCCUUUUGACGCCGCACUCCUCCGUAUCUUCUUCCACUUUCAGAGAAAGAAGGAGGAGAUGGGGAAGGAGGAUGCGAAGCUCCGAUCUCGGACCAAGCACAAGGGGAAAACGAAGUUCGAAGAGUUUCUGGAUAUGGAGACGGGCAUGCGAAACCCUGGGCUAUCUGCUGAGGAGGACUUGGAAUUGGAACGGAAACUAGCAAAGAAACUGAAGGUCAAGGCUGGGAAGUUAAGGGGAGAAGAUGAUGGUAUCAACGUGUUAUUUGAAGGAAUCCCUUCGAUAGUUGAUUUUCCUGGGGAAGAAGAAUUGCAAUUUUCCGAGGAGUUUGCUGUUGAGGCAACUAAGAAUAAGCCAUUAGGUAAAAAAGGGAAGAAAAGGAAAUCAUCAGAUCAAACCGUAGAUAGGGAGAGUGAGUUAACUGUUGUUGAUUUUGAAGCGAGUGAGGCUGUUGUUGAGGAGGAAAAAAUUUCAAAGAAAAAUAAGAAACGUAAGAAGAAGAAGAUGUCUGAAAAACUUCAAGAUGUAGUGACAGAUGAAACUGCUGGUGAUGAAUCCAUGCCUGUGGAAUCACAUUGUGCAGAGGCUGCAGUGGAUAAAGUUCCUGUCAAGGCCCAAAAAUAUGUUGCUCCUUACUUGAGAUUGCAGAAAAGAAAUGAACCUGAAGAUCAUACUCAACUCCGAAGGCGCGUUCGAGGUCUUCUAAAUAGGCUCUCUGAAUCAAAUGUGGAAUCAGUUACAGGGGAAAUGUCUACGGUUUUUCAUUCUAUUUCUCGCAGCAUUGCUUCUCAAAUUAUUAGUGAUGAGGUUCUGGCAUCUUGUUCCCGUGGUCCUCGAGGCAAUGAACAGUAUGCUGCUGUCUUUGCCUCUUUUGUUGCAGGCAUGGGUUGUUUGAUCGGUACUGACUUUAGUGCAAGGCUUCUGGCUUCUCUUGCUAAAACAUUUGAGGCUGAAUACCUCAAAGAAGAUAAUCUUUCUUUGCGGAACCUUACCCUAUUGCUUUCCUAUUUAUGUGUAUUUGGAGUUUGCGCAAGUGAUCUAAUCUAUGAUUUUCUAAUUAUACUGAGCAAGCGGUUGACAGAAAUUGAUGUAUCCACCAUCCUGACAGUCUUACAAUGUUGUGGAAUGAAAAUAAGGGCUGAUGAUCCCACUGCAAUGAAGAAUUUUAUCAUCAGUGUUCAAAGUAAGGUUAAUGAGCUAAAGGCAGCUUCUGGAGAUGGUCCACAAAAUAUCAAUGGAAAGAGAAUGGAGUUCAUGCUUGAGACCAUAUGUGACAUCAAGAAUAACAAGAAAAGAUCCAAGGAUGAUCCGGCCCACCAUACACGGAUAAAGAAAUGGCUACAGAAGUUAGGAGUAGACGAUAUGAUAAUUAGAGGGAUUAAAUGGAAUAAGCUGCUUGAUCCUGACAAGAAGGGGCAGUGGUGGUUAUCCGGGGAUGUGACAACAACAUCAGAUAACGUUAAAGAGUUUGCCAACACUAUCGAUAAAGAGGUACUUGAAGCUCAAAAAAUGCUUCAGCUUGCAGCUGCACAAAGAAUGAAUACAGACGCCAGGAAGGCAAUAUUCUGUAUUAUAAUGAGUGGAGAGGACUAUGUUGAUGCAUUUGAGAAGCUACUAAGAUUGGAUUUAUCUGGAAAGCAGGACAGGGAAAUCAUGAGGGUUCUUGUGGACUGCUGUUUACAAGAGAAAGUGUUUAACAAAUACUACACUGUUCUAGCUUCCAAAUUGUGUGAGCAUGAAAAGAACCACAAGUUUACAUUACAGUAUUGCCUGUGGGAUCAAUUCAAAGAACUGGAUACAAUGCAGCUUAUCAGGUCGAUGAAUCUUGCCAAGUUCAUUGCUGAGAUGAUCGCCUCUUUUACUCUCUCACUUGCAGUUUUGAAGUCCGUAGAUUUGAGUGAUGUCAGGUUACUUACUCCAAAGAGGAUCAUGCAUUUCCGUAUGUUGUUUGAUGCGAUUUUUGAACGUUCUGACAAGCUGAUAUGGAACGUGUUUACUCGAGUUGCUGUCAACCCUGAGCUCGAACCUCUUCGAAGUGGUAUGUUGUUCUUCAUUAAAGAGUACAUGAUCAAAACUAGUAAAGUUAAUGCGGAGAAGUUUAAGCUUGUCAAGAAAGCACUUAACAAUGUUGAGGGAAUCCUUAUGUGAAUUGUGGACUGAGAGUUUUCGAAGUUCUCUUUUUGAUCUUAUAGAGAAGAGGAACGUUUGUACACACAUCAUCAUGUUUUGGCUAUUUUAUAAUCCAAA